UAGAAUGACAGGAUAAGAGCGUUUGGGCAGCCGGAUGAGCUAGGGUCCCGUCCAUUCAAUCUUCCACCUCGAUGCACCCGUUGCGCAGUAGUCUCCCGCUGCGCAGUGAGGGGCGGACGUUUUCAUCAGCUGCUGGCAUUCGAUCGACCUGCUUGGAGGGGUCUACCUCGCUCUGUCCCCCGUUGCACAGUGAGAGCAGCGUUUGCUUCCCGCCGCCACCCACUGCGCAGAUCACACAAUCGCAUUAUUGAGCGCGAGCUUGCCUUGCCCUCACAUAGCUCUCACAGCCACGUGCGAUUCUUGCUGCCGGCACAUGACCAGGCAGUGACACUCUUGUUCCUCAGCCUCAACGUCUUCUGCUUCCACCACAACACCACUUCCCACGACCCCCAUUUUCUUCCCUUUGGAACGGCCGAGACGAGCGAGAACGUGUGCGCGGUGCUACAGGGCGAGAUCAUUCGGUCCUUACCUCCAGUAACUCAACAUGUCGAAACUAUUCAUCGGGGGCCUUGCAUGGCACACCGACGACCAAACUUUGCGCACCAAGUUCGAAGAAUUUGGUCAAGUUGACGAGGCCGUCGUCGUCAAGGAUCGCGACACUGGUCGCAGCCGUGGCUUCGGUUUCGUUCGAUUCUCCGAGGAAGCUGGUGCUGAUGCCGCUAUCGCCGCCAUGAACAAUGUCGAGUUCGAUGGCCGCACCAUCCGCGUUGACAAGGCUAGUGACCGUGGCAGCGGAGGUGGAGGUGGCUUUGGCGGUGGUCGUGGAGGCGGCUAUGGCGGCGGCGGAGGUCGCGGCGGCUACGGCGGCGGCGGUUACGGCCAGCAGCAGGGCGGCUAUGGCGGAGGUUACAACCAGGGCUAUGGCGGCGGUGGUGGCUACCAACAGGGCGGCGGCGGCGGCAACUGGCGCGGCGGCGGUGGUGGUGGCUACCAGCAGGGCGGAGGCUACGGCGGCGGCCAAGAGGGCGGCUACCAGCAGCAGAACGGUGGCGGCUACGGCGGCCAGCAGCAAGGCGGAUACUAGUAGUGCGGCCACUCACACGACCUUCCUCUGUUCUCUUCACACACUUCUUUCAAAAGUUGGAGCGGUGGUUUCAGAACGAUGCAGAUGCGGGUCUCGGAGCAUGGGUUUCUAGGAUGGGCAUGCGUGUUUGACCAGCCGCAGAGUACUUCUUCAGCAGGGCUGCUGUUUGUGAUUCGGGUCUGGAAUCGAGAUCAAAUGAUACCCACGCUGCUGCGGACAGUAGCUAGGCUUUACGAACUAGCCUACAGCUUGCGAUGAGCAACGUCAUGGCAUGAACUCAUGAGUCUGAUACGUACAUUCUCCAUUUGUGUGAUGCAACUUGAGC